AUCUGCACCAACAUUUUGCGGACUCUUCCGCCUAGUGACAACCCCGAUUUUGACCCAGAGGAGGACGAGCCCACUCUAGAGGCCUCAUGGCCACACAUACAGCUUGUCUAUGAGUUCCUUCUACGAUUCUUGGAGAACCCAGACUUUCAGCCCAGCAUCGCCAAGCGCUACAUUGAUCAGAAGUUCGUGCUGCAGCUCCUGGAACUGUUUGACAGUGAGGACCCCCGGGAGAGGGACUUCCUGAAGACUGUCCUGCAUCGGAUCUACGGGAAGUUCCUGGGGUUGCGGGCUUUCAUCAGGAAGCAGAUCAACAACAUCUUCUUGCGGUUCAUCUACGAGACCGAUCACUUCAAUGGAGUGGCCGAGCUCCUGGAGAUACUGGGGAGCAUCAUCAAUGGCUUUGCACUGCCGUUGAAGGCGGAACACAAGCAGUUCCUGAUGAAGGUGCUCAUCCCCAUGCACACCGGCAAAGGACUGGCCCUGUUCCACGCACAGCUGGCCUACUGUGUUGUCCAGUUUCUGGAGAAGGACCCCACCCUUACUGAGCCGGUGAUUCGGGGGCUGUUGAAGUUUUGGCCCAAAAUCUGUAGCCAGAAGGAGGUGAUGUACCUAGGGGAAAUCGAGGAGAUCCUGGAUGUCAUUGAGCCCACCCAGUUCAAGAAGAUCCAAGAGCCCCUGUUCAAGCAGAUCUCCAGAUGUGUGGCCAACCCCCACUUCCAGGUAGCAGAGCGUGCCCUCUACUUCUGGAACAACGAGUAUAUCCUGAGCCUCAUUGAGGAGAACAUCGACAAGAUUCUUCCUAUCAUGUUUGGUAGCCUGUACAGAAUCUCCAAAGAACACUGGAACCCGACGAUUGUAGCUCUGGUCUACAAUGUGCUGAAGACCCUGAUGGAGAUGAACAGCACGCUAUUUGAUGAGCUGACAGCCUCCUACAAAUCAGACAGACAGCGGGAGAAGAAGAAGGAGCUGGAGAGGGAGGAGCUGUGGAAAAAGCUAGAUGAGUUGAAGCUGAGCGAUGUGGCAGCACUGGUGCAAAACAACAGCCACGGGCUCCAGAACGCUGCCCAAAACAACAACAACAACAACAAUCACCACGACAACCAGGAGAAGAGCACCGCUAUCUGCGCGGACCAUGAAGACCCUGUUGUCGCCAUGGAUACCACGGAGGGUGUUGAGAUUGUCACAAGUGCCAAAUGACACAGGACUCCAUUUUGUAUUCCGUAACGGUUUCGAGGCCGUCUCAGAACUGUCAGGGAGGGGCUUGGGGGUGACUGGGAGGAGGGGGUCUGAGAAAAUAGCAACAAAAAAAAGAUAAACCUCAUCAGUAUGUUCAAUCUAUAUACAGUAAAACUAUUUCAAAUGCCAGCAAUUGUCCUUUGGCAGAAAACGUAUAUUUCAAUUUAAGAAUAUUUUGGGAUGUUAGUGUGGCCACAGUAUAUUGGUAAACUUUUUUGUCUGAUCAAAGAAUUUAUCCUUUCACAUUUACUUUCUUAACUGAGAAAAGAUUUUUGUGAUAUUCAAUGUAUAAAAAAUAUGAGGGGGGGGAAUAAUGACUUGAAAAUUAACGUUUCUGAUUGUGCUGCACUUAGAGGAGCUAAAUGGCUAUUUUAAGAUUUGUCUUUUGUAUGUGCUUUCAUCACUGCUCCCAACACGGUUGCAAACUUAAGGGAAGAGGGGUUCAGGGGGCGAGCUUUAGGGGGUGGGUGGGAGACGAUGGAGACAGGAGUGUGUUCAUAGUCCCUACAUAGGAGACCUGAGUGAAUGUCACUAUCAUGAGGUCUCGUGUUUUCGGGUGUUUAAUAUUCUUAUCUGAAUACAUGAUGCUUAACGUCAUAGCUGUUAUUAUAACACAUUCAAAACCUGCAGCCAUAAAACCUAUUUACAGUAAGUAUUUGAAAUGAGCUUAGUUUAGAGAAACAAAUGAUGAAAUGGUCACAGAUUUAAGUACGUAUAACAUAUUUUUCCAGUCUAAAUAGAGAAUCGAUUAAUAAUUAAAAAAGCUGAUGUAGAAAAAAGAAAUGAGCCAUAUAUUUUUUUUUCCAGAGUAUUGUUAAAGACAGAGAUGUUGAUUUUUGAAACCAGGUGGUGGCAAAUUGUCUGGUUUCUGCAGAUUAAACAUGGCUGGAUGCAGUGUGUGCGUGUAUGGGGGAGUUUGCUUUAACGUGAGUGUCUGUUCUCUAUUGUAGGUCCAGUCUUUUCUGAUGCCUUUCUGUCAGAGUGUAUGUACCAUUCCAAUCUCUGUGAUAUACAACUGUGUGGGGAACCUGUUUUGUAAUGACAGACCUUAUCUAGGUUUUGAACACCAUCAAAAUAAAGUCUACCUUAUGUUUCUACUCAAAAAAAA